AUGACCGUGGUUUGGGAGCUAGCAAGCGUCGUAUCGGUUUUGGAAGACAUCAAAGGGUUCAAGGCCAUGACCAAAAGCAGUAACUUGAUACAGGGCAAGAUGUGGAUCGCCAUAGUUAUCUUCCUCAAGCUGCAUUUUGCUAAGUUAGGGAUACAGAUACUUUUCGAGAGCAUCGUUGUGGAUACUGAGUCAUUGUUUGGCGUUGCGGGCAGGUUAGGAAUCGGAUUCCUGUGCUUGUUGAUGCUCGUCAAGGUGUUUUUGUUCGGACUCGUUAUCCAAACUGUGAUCUACUUCGCGUGCAAGUCGUACCACCAUGAGAACAUCGACAAGUCAUUGUUGUCAGAUCAUCUUGAGGUUUAUCUAGGUGAGUAUGUUCCUGUCAAGGCAAAGGAUGCCCAGCUUGAAGAAUUCGAUGUGUGA